AUGCGCGAUUUCAGCGGCCGCUGCCUGCGGCGGUUCGCGAGCUCGGGCAACGGGGGGCGGACGUGGCAGGAGCACAGCGACGCUGCGGAGCUGAGCGAGCCGCAGCCGGGCGGCUGCCAGGCCUCGCUGCUGCGGGUACACGCGGGCGCGCCGUCGCCGCGGCGGGGAGCUGGCGUGCAGGAGCAGAAGGAGCUGGUCGUGCACUGCGGCCCCGCGGCAGCGGACGGGAGCCGUGCGGAUCUCGUCCUGCGGGUCUCCAGCGACGGCGGCCUGACGUGGCCGCGCGCGGUGGCGCUGCUCCCCGAGCGCCCGGGCGCCUACUCCUGCAUGGCCCUGCUGCCCGGGCCCGCCGGCUCGGGGGACAGCUCCGUCGGGGUCCUCUUCGAGAGCGGCGCGCGCGGGCCGUACGAGUGCCUGCGCCUGGCCCGCGUGCCCCUGCCGCCGCAGGGGCGGGCCGAGCCGGAGCAGCGGGCGCCCGGCGGAGGGGCGGGUGGUCUCGGCGGCGAGG